GGACCUGCACAGAAGUAGAGAAGGGAACAGGGAGCAGCCUGGAGUCGAACCCUGGUUUCAUGGAUGGAAGGCGCCGCAAACCAGCACGAGCUACACCGGCUCCCUAGCUUAUGAAUACUGUUACCUCACAAAUAAAGCUGCAAGGAAACAAAACUGUAAACCUAUGUUUGUGAAAAUCUGUGGAAAAAAUUAUAAACACGUGUGACACAAAAAAAUCAAUUUACUAGUUAAAUUAUACAGUACUAAUUUAGACAUAUUUUAAUGUGCAAUAUAAAGUUGUAAUUUGGAUAAUAGGGAUUGAUCUUUCUGUUUGUUAUCUGCUCAAACUAAAAAACAUGCCUCAGGUGAUUCAUCUUCUGGCAAUAUAUCACUGCUGCGUAUUCCAUGUAAUCUCUGCCCUCAUGUGUUUCCAGCAAUCACAGGGAUCUUGGUUCCUCAUUCAGAGGAAAGUGGUAGGCAAAACCUUCAUUUAGCAAUUGACAUUUAUCACUGCCACAGAGAGGCUAUAGAACAGCAGAUAUUCCUGGAAUCUGUCGCUGUGAUGAGCAGCGUACAGUCACACAACAUUGCACGAAGGAGUGGGAGGAGCUUCUGCUGUGACAUCAGAGAGGAGGAGGGACAUAAAGUUCGUACCCCUUUGGCAAGAAAAUCCACAGCAGCAGCACAUUACCACAACAGCGAUUAGCCUCUGCUCAACUCCAUCGAUUAUAGGAUGUCUACUCACAGCAGCCUUCUUCUCCUAGUCACACUUUGGACUUCCUGUCAGGAUGGUCUGUGUCUUCCAGUCAUGAAGGAGUCAGAUGUUAAUAUAGGUGAUGGAGCCCCAUCACACCAUGUGAGGACCAGGCGCUGUGCCUGCAACAUCGAGGACGACUAUGAGUGCCAUUAUUUCUGUCACCUGGACGUUAUCUGGGUCAACACACCCAGUAAGACAACAAUUUACGGCCUGGGUGGUGCUUUGCUGCGCCGACGCCGGUCCACAGGCCGUUGCACAUGUGCUGAUAUGGGGGACAAAGCCUGCUCCACUUUCUGUAGUUUCCGAGCUGCUGCUGACGAGUCAAACAGAGCUGGUGAUGCUCACGGUUCAGAAAGAGAGCAGCUCUCUGAGAGCGAGAUCGCGUGACCAACACCUUGACUGCAGGAACAGGGAGAGUGAAAAAGGACAGAGGGCAGCUAAAUGAGCACCUGAACAAACAACACUCCUUUGGAAGAGAGGGGGAAAAGAGGAGGUUGCUGAAAGAUGUAUCUGACCCAGAGGGCCAAAAGAGCCACAACGUGUCUGUUUGUAGCCAGAAACAGAAGAUGGAAAGCUUGACAAAGUUCUUUAGGCACAUAUUGGAAACAGAUCUGGAAGAUCAGAACUGACAAAAGAUGAUGGAAGAUUAUGUUUGACUCUGGCUUACUAGUCUGCAUGAGUUGAAAGGUUUGUCUCUGUGCAUGUUGUCCAGCCAAGGAGAUAAGUGCAGGAAUUCAUGCACUGUGUUUUUUCUCAGUAAACCAAUGUUUGUCGUGCAAA